AACUUGCUUGAGAAGUAUGCAAAGCGUGAGUUCAAUUCUUUUGUCAAUUGUCACCUUUAUAUAAAGCAGCUAACUGUCUAAGUCUAUCCCUCCUUUACUAUUUCUGGCUAACAAAUUGACUUCCAACCUCAAUAUGAGAUCUUUGUUUGUGCUCUAGAAGAGCUUAUAAUUAAGUUCAUAAUGAAGUUCAUGGAGUACUGAUUCACAUUGACAAUGCAAUUGCUGUUAAGGAUAAAGCUGCUCCUACUCAUAAUACUUCAGUUAUUAUACCUCAGCAAAUCAACCUGCAAAUCAUCUUCUGAAGCUUUGUUAACUUUCAAGGGUUCACUUGAAGCUGGUCCACAAGGAUGUCAGAUGCAAUGGCCUUGUCUUGACUUCUCUAAUGAACCAGGUGGAGUAAAAGAAAAUAUAGACAGCAACAAUGAAACUCCAACAUUUACACCAUCCCUUAAAGAAUCACAAGUUAAAAAACAAGGAGGAGGAAGAAGGGUUGCCGCCAUAGUUGGUGCUACCGGUGCUGCCUUAGUCAUCAUCGUGAUAGUGGUGAUUGUCUAUAUCUGCUUUAGAAGAUGUGAAAGAUUUAAAAGACAAACAUCUGAUUCUGCUUCUUCUGUUCCAUCACAAGCUGUUGAGAUGGGAAGAAUCAACAGCUCGCAGUAUGUUAAUGCAUACUCUCCACAAUAUAUGCAGAACACAAGACUAUUAACAAUUUUGGAGCUAGAACAAGCUACUGGAAAUUUCAGUCAAAGUAGCAUCAUAGGUGAAGGGAGAUUUGGUUUUGUAUACAAAGGUUUACUUCGAGAUGGAUCUUUUGUUGCUAUAAAAAGGCGCUUAUUUGCUCUUACUCGAGAUUUCAUCCCAGAGGUUAAGCAGAUAGCUCAAAUUCAUCACAUUCAUCUUGUUAAGCUUAUAGGCUAUUAUGAAGAUAACUAUCAACAAUUACUUGUGUAUGAAUAUCUCUCUAAUGGCAAUAUAGGGAAUCAUCUUUAUGACGAUGAAGGUUUACCUAUUGGAAAGCUUGACUUGCGGCGCAGGGUAUCCGUUGCCUUAGGCGCGUCAAAAGGACUAGAACAUCUUCAUAGUUUGGUCCCUCCUAUAUUUCACACAAAUUUUAGUACAAUAAAUGUUCUGUUAGAUGAAAAUUAUACUGCCAAAGUUUCUGAUUAUGGAUUCUGCAAAUUGCAAACAAAAGUUGAUCAGGCAGGUUCAUCUUCAAAAGUUGACUACUUUCAUGAUCCAGAGUUGAGCUUAUCGCAAAACUAUUCGGAGCAGAGUGAUGUAUACAGUUUCGGAGUGUUUUUACUCGAGUUGGUUAGCGGUUGUGAAGUCCAUAACAGAAACAUGUCACACCAAGAUGAAAAUCUAGUAUUUCAGGCAAAAAAUAGCAAUGUUUUGGACAAGUUUAUUGACAUAACAUUGGGAGAGGAAGAAAAGAUUGCUGCUAGAAGAAUGAUGAAGUUGGCUUUAAUAUGUGUGGAUGUGACUAAUAGAAGACCAUCAAUGGCACAUAUUGUGCAAGAAUUGGAGAGGAUACAAAGAGAUAUUGCUACUUUGUAUUCUGAAAUCAAUGAGGAAAUUGGUGUUGUCACUCUUGGGAGUGAGCUCUUCCAAUAAGUCUCUUGAUAUUUGUCAUGUCAAUAUGUCUAUGUUGCAACCUUUUCUUGGUGCAUAAUAAUUAUAGUUAUUAGUAUGAUUUAUAUUGUUGGUAUGUACUCACUCAUCCUAGAGGAUUCAUUUGUAAUUAUCAUGAUAUUAUUAUUGUUAUUAUUUAAAGUGAGUAAAAUAUCUCAGUGUCUAUGUACCCAAAAAAAAAA